GACUGCAGACACAGUACAGGAGAUGACCAGAGACUGCGGACAUAGUACAGGAGAUGGACCAGAGACUGCAGACAGUACAGGAGAUGACCAGAGACUGCAGACAUAGUACAGGAGAUGACCAGAGACUGCAGACAGUACAGGAGAUGACCAGAGACUGCAGACAUAGUACAGGAGAUGACCAGAGACUGCAGACAUAGUACAGGAGAUGACCAGAGACUGCAGACAUAGUACAGGAGAUGAUCAGAGACUGCAGACACAGUACAGGGAUGACCAGAGACUGCAGACACAGUACAGGAGAUGACCAGAGACUGCAGACACAGUACAGGAGAUGACCAGAG